AUGUCCUUUAUAACUUCCUUUUACUGGGAGAUUUUGUUAACUUUUGGUAAACGUUUUGACAUUUCACACCGGUCUACUACUCCAAAAGGCCACCCUUUACAUAAAGGCUAUGAGCAUAGCACAAAACGCUUAGCACCUCACCAGGGGUUGUCAAAAGUGAAGGCUCACCGGAUGCUGACGCUCUGCUGCUUUGUUUUCCCACUUUCUUUUGUUUUGGUGGUGUUGUAUAUUUGGUUCACUGGAAAUGACUUUGGUUUUGUAUGGCUUUUAGGCAUGGGCUUUCCUGAUAAGAAAACAAUGGAGGAUUGUAAUGCAGAUCUUAAGACCUCAGAUCGAACAAAGCUGGGUACAGGGUACCUCACGGAAUGCGGUAAACCCAGGAAAAAACAAACCCCUACAAAUGAUGUUCAACUUACACUGAAGCAAGAGAUUUUACAAUUAGAGAAAAGACUACAAGAUCAAUUUGAGGUCAGAUGCACGUUAGAAAAGGCACUUGGAUACAGACCUACAUCUCUUGUUACAUCAAAUGAUAUGAUACUGCCCAAGCCAACGUCCAAAUUAAUUAAAGAGAUUGCGGUGUUAGAGUUAGAAGUUGUGUAUUUGGAACAAUAUCUUCUCUCCUUGUAUCGUAAAGCAUUUGAUGAACAACUACCCUCUGUAGCUCCAUUCACGAAGGAGGAAAAAGUAAACUCUCCAACAACACCUAGAGCAAGAUUUGUUGAGGUAUCUAAGCCUGAGCUCUCAACCACAAGAGGAAGCUCUGCAAUACAAUCAAUUGAUCAUGAGCUAGAUACUACGCAAAAGGAAUAUACUGUACAUGAACCUGAGAAUUUAGGGAAAGAAUACGAUGUACAUCAACCGGUAGUAAAGUACUUAGACUCAGGUGUAUGUCGUUGUCACUCCUCAUUAUCCCAGUGUACAGCAUUUACAGCAAGAGUAUCUCCUCCUGCAGCAGAAGAAUUAACUGAAUCUCUGCGUGCUUGUCAUUCCCAACCGCUGUCCAUGAUGGAGUAUGCCCAAAAUGUUGAUGCUUCAUCAAGAAUAAUCAGUCUAGCAGAACAUCUUGGCACUCGAAUAUCUGAUCAUAUUCCAAAUACACCUAAUAGGCUUUCUGAGGAUAUGGUCAAAUGCAUAUCAGCUAUAUAUUGUAAACUCGCAGAUCCAUCUAAGACAAAUCUUGGUCUUUCAUCUCCCAGUUCAUCCUUGUCUUCAACUAGUGCCUUUUCUAUUGGAGAUCAAGGAGACAUGUGGAGUCCAGGAUUCAGGAAUAAUUCCUCCUUUGAUGUGCGGUUAGACAAUCCUUUCCAUGUGGAAGGACUCAAGGAGUUUAGUGGGCCAUACAGCACCAUGGUUGAGGUAUCAUGGAUUUACCGAGAGAAUCAGAAAUUGGGCGAUACUGAGCAGUUGCUCAAGAAUUUCAGAUCACUUAUUUGUCAAUUAGAAGAUGUAGAUCCUGGGAAGUUAAAACAUGAGGAGAAAUUAGCUUUCUGGAUCAACAUACACAAUGCUUUGGUGAUGCAUGCAUUUUUGGCUUAUGGAAUUCCACAAAACAAUGUGAAAAGAGUCCUCCUUCUGUUGAAGGCUGCAUAUAAUGUUGGUGGUCAUACAGUCAGUGCAGACACAAUACAGAACACUAUACUCGGUUGCCAGAUGCCUCGCCCUGGACAGUGGUUCCGCUUGUUCUUUACUCCAAGGACAAAAUUCAAAUCUGGAGAUGGACGACAAGCAUUUAGAAUUGAGCAUCCUGAGCCUCUUCUACACUUUGCACUCUGUUCAGGAAACCAUUCUGACCCAGCGGUACGUGUAUAUACACCCAAGAGAGUGCUUCAAGAACUAGAAGCUGCAAAGGAAGAAUACAUUCGAGCCACCUUUGGCGUACGGAAGGACCAGAAAAUACUAUUACCUAAGCUUGUGGAGUCAUUUUCCAAAGGCUCGGGUUUAAGCCCUGCUGAUAGCUUGGAGAUGAUUCAACAUUCUCUACCUGAAUCUCUAAGAAAGAGUGUUAAGAAAUGUGACCUUGCAAAAUCUAAGAAGUGCAUAGAAUGGAUCCCACACAAUUUCACUUUUCGAUAUCUCAUACCCAAGGAGCAGGUAAAGUAA